UGACGUCCAUGUCUCUGCACUUCCUGUUCUCCUGAGUUUUUGGUACCUUGACUGUUCUUGUGUCUGUUGCCCCGGUGAUCGUCUACACCUGUUCCUAAUGUGUCUCACCUGUGUCUCGUUACCUCUUGUGUCUAUUUAGUCAUGUGCUUCCCUUCGUCCGUGUCACGUGUCACUUUGUGUGAUGAGUUCCCCGUGUCUGCUGGUUAUCGUACCUGUGUCGUAUUUCCUAGUGUUUUUGGUUCCCAGAGUUUUUUUUUCUUAUCGUGGAUUUCUUUGGUUACCUGGAAGACUGGUGCUGUGAGUGACAUCAGUCCAUAUAUAAAGCAUUAUGAGGGCUUGUCAUAUGACAGGGAGGAUCUUCACAGGAUGCACUUGAGAACCAGGAGAGCCGCACAACCUCAGCACUAUACACUGCAGCUGGACUUUUCAGCUUUCCACAGAACUUUCCGCUUGCGUUUGAGACGAAAUGCAGCAGCAUUUUCCCAAAAUUUCAUGGUGGUCAGUGAAAAUGGUUCCACGUCAGCAGACCUCUCCCACAUAUACUCAGGAAUACUAGAAGGUGACCACGGUUCAGUCUGCCAUGGCUCUGUGUUACAGGGUCAAUUCGAGGGAACCAUCCACACAGACAACGGGACUUAUCACGUAGAGCCGGUCCAUAGAUACACCAGCAACCAAACACAGCACCACUCUAUUAUCUACCACGAGGAUGACAUGGUCCUGCCACCCAUCAGACCUGGCCCUGAUGGAUUCUGCGGUGCAGACCAUCUGAACGUCCUCGCCCAAAACCUCAGACCCAAUGAGAAGGCGGCAGCGAGCCGGACCAGGAGGACAGUCGAUGAGUCAAAGACCAGCUGCCUGCUUCACCUCCAUGCUGACCACCUCUACUACAAGAGGUUCAAGUCUGUGGAAGCUGUUGUGGCUCAGGUCGCCUCCUACAUGCAAGCUGUGAACGACAUCUGCGACAAGGUGGACUUCGACGGCAUCAAGCUGAUCAACUUCAAAGUCAAAUCCCUCAGUGUGAUGACUGAAGAGGAUAAAAACAAUCCGCUGUAUCCUCUGUAUAUCGGGCCUGAGAAACUGUUGAGUCUUUUCUCUGAGAGCAACUGGGGCAACUUCUGUCUGUCCUACCUCCUCACUAACAGAGACUACAGCGGAGUGCUGGGGCUCGCCUGGGAGGGCAAGGCGGGUAACUGGGGAGGAAUAUGUUCCAAACACACCACCCUGCGUAACGGCCGGGCGUCCACCCUGAACACAGGACUGGUCACCGUUCAGAACUACGGACAUUCCCUCCCCUCUCGGCUCGUCCAGCUAACCCUUGCUCACGAACUCGGCCACAGCUUGGGAUCUCCGCAUGAUGAGGGCUCUAACUGCGGGGAUCUUGGUUCCUCUGGCGGUAAAGGCAGGUACCUGAUGUUCCCUCAUGCCACAGAUGAGGUGCGUGAAAACAACGACAAAUUCUCCCACUGCAGCGUCAGACACAUCAGCAAGAUCCUCAAACUGAAGAAGGACGACUGCUUUGUGGUCAGUGACCAGCCCAUCUGUGGAAACCAGAUUGUAGAGGCAGGUGAGGAGUGUGACGUGGGUCACAACGACACAGACCUCUGCUGCUUCAGUGCUAAAGAGCCUGUGGGAGUCCGGUGUCGCCUCAAGCCUGGUAAAGUCUGCAGUCCGAGUCAGGGCCUGUGCUGUGGUCAGGACUGUGGGUUUAAGCCGUCCGGUCUGACCUGUGAUGAGGAGACAGACUGUCUGAGAGAGAGUGUGUGUUCGGGCCUCUCCCCGCUCUGCCCCGAGCAAACAGCCAAGGAAAACCUCACCGUCUGCAGCGAGGGCACGCGUGUCUGCAUGAACGGGGUGUGUGCGGAGUCUGUGUGUAUGAAGCACGGUCUGCAGCAGUGUGACUGUCCAGGAGACUCGAUGAGGGAGAAAUGCCACAUGUGCUGCCAGCAGCCCGAUAAGCCAGAGACGUGUGCCAGCACCACGUCCUCCGUGCUGUCUCGUCACUUCCAAAGGAAACCGUUGGCGCUGGUUGGCGGUGCUCCGUGCUCUGGAAACCAAGGGUACUGUGACAAAUUCCACGUGUGUCGCCUGCUGGAUGCCGAUGGUCCCAUCGCAAGACUGAAAAACUCCUUUCUCAGUUUUGAUGACUUUGACGACGUAGCAGAGUGGAUGAAGGCUCAUUGGUGGGUCAUCCUGCUGGCUAUCCUGACUCUGUCUGGAGUGAUGGGCUGCACCGUCUGCCUCUGCAGCCGCACCCUUGACACUAGAGACCUGGACUGACCUCUGACUUUGCAUCUCUGUCACCUCUGGGAAUACAAGUAUCCUCAAGAUGACGCACAAAUCAAUUCAGAUUCAUUCAUCAGGGAUUUUGAAGUGUCAAGGCCACAUUGUGGAGAUCCCCCUUUUCAACUUUGUUCCACAUCGGCAACGUGAGUGGUUCGCGAGUGACUUGUAAAGUCCCUGCUCAACACCUCUCACUCUGUUUUGCUGAUUAUCUUUCUACAUCACAAUGCACCUGUCCUUUUCCUUGUGACUUUGUCUGUUCACAUUUAAACAUUCUACCAUGUGGUGCAUGUGUUGUGGGAAACGUUGCUGUUGCUGUGGGUUAGUCCGUCCCCUCAGAGGGGCCACAUACUCUAGCAGUACACCUACAGUGAUUAUAAGCCAACUGUCCCGACAAAGACUGGUGGGACUCUCCUUGGUUUCAGCUUACUAUGUUCUUGCAGCUUUUUUUGAACUUUUACAUUACAUUCAUUUUGCUGAUGCGUUUGUCCAAAGCGGCUUUCAAUAAGAGCCUUCAACCAUCAAGAUAUUACCCAAAAACAAGUGCUCCGUUUUAUAUUCUUUUUUGUUUUAAUGAUUCAUGGACUGAGGUACAGUGGCUUUUCUCACAGUGAUGGAAAGUUUGUAGGGUUUCUGCUGUCCUGAUGUCAAUGGGGAGCUCAUUCCACCAUUGUGGAACCAGGACAGCAGACAGACAAAUUUAGUUGAGCGGUGGCUCAUUUUACUAAUAAUGCUGCUCUACUUUGAUUGCACAACUAUUUUCCUUGUAAUGGAGGAAUUUUUUAUUUUUGUUGUAUUACUUUUAUAAGGAUGAGUACAGUUCUUCCACCAGUAAUGAUUCAAAUGUUGUAGCUAAAAUGAAUAUUUGGAGAUAAAUCUAAUGCUGGCUUUA